GCCAGUGUACGAUCGGGAACGGUUUACAAAGCGUCGCAACUCGCAUCGCGUCCGGGCGGCGGCACUUACGACAACUUGCGACUUGCAAUCGUAUACAAUUAAAUCGCCAAAAAUUAAACAAUCAAACAAAAUAGGUAAAUUUAUUUGUGAACGUGAGUGAGACUUGAAGUUGAUUCUAGUGGUGUGUUGCACUCAAUGCAGCACAGCGGCGGCGGACCGCUUUUUCGGCGAUGUAAACAGUUGAACACGGAAUGGGCGCAAGUGGAAGUGAUCGAUUUAAUUAACGAUGGAUCGGGGCUUGCAUUUGGCAUCAUUGGUGGACGCAGUACUGGUGUGGUCGUGAAAACAAUCAUUCCAGGCGGAGUCGCUGACAGGGAUGGCAGACUUCAGAGUGGCGAUCACAUCUUGCAAAUCGGCGAGGUCAAUUUACGCGGCUUGGGGUCGGAGCAAGUGGCUUCGGUGCUGCGACAAUGCGGGGUGCAUGUUCGCAUGGUUGUCGCACGACCCGUCGAGUCUACAUCGGUCGAUUACAAAAAGUUGGGAAGUCAUGCACCGAUCGUACCGACGAAAAUCUUGGGUGAUCCUGUCGAACUCGAUAAACACCUAAAUUACAAUGGCUACGGCGAAUUUUACAUGCAGAAUCCGUCCAAUUCCUAUUCGACACCGUACAUCUACACCGGCCAGCAGUCGGACGCACAAUUACAAACUAUAUCCGGCAUGGUUGACGUCGUGAGAAAUCCGCAGCCCAUCGGCAACGUUCCUAAUCUGAGCGCAGCCCAAUCGCUACCGACGGUGACAUCUCCACUGCUGCCGCUUGAUAUGGCGCUGCGUGAGCCUGACCCGCAUCUUCCUGAAACGGAGACGUACGCUAUCGACCUCGUCAAGGACGAACUAGGCCUAGGCAUCACUGUAGCUGGGUACGUGUGCGAGAAAGAAGAGAUCAGCGGCAUCUUCGUGAAGAGCAUCAGUAAAGGAAGCGCUGCUGAUUUGACGGGACGCAUUAAAAUCAACGAUCGGAUUACUGAAGUCAACGGCUCCACGGUUGUAGGGCACAACAAUCAUGAAGCGGUGGAAAUUCUCCGCAAAGCCGGGAGCAAUGUUCGCAUCAAAUUUGAACGAUAUCUUCGUGGCCCCAAAUUCGAACAGCUCCAGCAAGCCAUCCUCGCCAACGAGUAUCGACCCAUUUCGCCUCCAUCACCUUCGGCUUCUUCGCUACCAAAAAUUCCUCUGAGCCUUGUACAUAUGAGUUCCUUGGGCAUCGAACCAGAAGGAGAAUCGCGCACAAGUUUUGAUUUUGAUUCGGCCGUCCUACAAGACUACGAAUCACCGCCACCCCCAAGCGACCACAUCAUAGUGGACACACAGAGCGGAAGAAAGUCUGUCCAAUUUAGCAUAUGUAGUCACGAGUCAAUUUACGACAAGUGGAAGGACGCGUUCACUGACGACGUGCAGAUAGUCAUUGCAGAAAUGACGAAGGAAGCUACUAGUGGAUUGGGUAUCAGCCUCGAGGGUACCGUUGAUGUGGAAGACGGUAAAGAAGUUCGUCCCCAUCACUAUAUCCGGAACAUUCUACCGCAUGGUCCAGUUGGAAUCAAUGGCAUUAUGCAAUCUGGAGAUGAACUGCUCGAGGUCAACGGAAUUCAGCUCCUUGGUUUGAAUCAUUUAGAAGUAGUUUCCAUUCUGAAGCAACUCCCUAGUUUGGUUAUCAUGGUCUGCGCUAGGUUUUCGGUUCACAGUCGAAUUAUUGAUACUGCACAGCAUAAAGAAGCAUUCCAAGCGAGGAAUAUUCUUGCUGGUAGCUUCAACACGUUGAUUUCCAGUGAUAAAUUAGUCAAAGCCAAGUCGGAUACAUCCAUCGCAUCGACAGUAGCAAGUGAACCUUGUUGCUCAGUCGGAAGUCGUUCGAGAUCUUUAGAAUUGAUUGCGGGUUUACCAAUGUGGAGUACUGAUCCUACUAUUGUAAUACUGCAAAAAGGCGAACACGGCUUAGGUUUCUCAAUCUUGGACUAUCAGGAUCCACUAAAUGCACAAGAGACUGUGAUAGUGAUACGCUCCCUUGUCCCCGGUGGAGUAGCCCAACAGGAUGGGAACCUGAUUCCGGGCGAUCGUCUGCUAGCCGUGAAUGACGUGGACGUCGAGCAUGCCACGCUGGAUAAAGCUGUGCAGGUCCUGAAGGGUGCACCCAAGGGACCGGUGAAGAUCACGGUCGCCAAGCCGCUUUCCAAUAAAGACGCCGGAUCCUACCACAGUCAAGACACCGAGGACGAUCAGACGUGCAUGGAGGACUUCCAAGAGUGCAUCGAAGAGUAUCAAGAAUGCCUAGAAGUAGUGCAGAUAUGUAUCGAAGAUGACCGAUCUCCACAACACUUUCGUCACCCGGUGGUCAAACAACAAUCCGAUGAAGUGAUGAAACAAGUGGAUAGCGAACCAGAAAUUAGUUAUAAAAGUAUUUGUGAUAUAACCCAUAGUACAAAUAAUGGCAGCCUGGGCGGGAAGACACUAAUCAAACUAGACUCGGGCGAGAAAACAUCUAAAACAGAUUCUGAAAAAGAUGGCUACGAGACAUGCGUGGACGAGUCUUUCUCGGACGAAGUGGCAAAGACUCCUACAAAUGCUAAUGUAAAUCUUAAUAUCGUCGGGAACUAUUAUGAUGAUAACACUGGUAUCACCGUGGAGACCCUAGAGAUGGAGAUUGAACAGGUGAGCAAAGAAUUGGCAAAAAUAUCAAAGAAAAAGGAACAUCUCAGUAAAAAAGAAAAGGGUAAACACAGAGGUAGUGCGGAAAUGCAGGAAUACGAAAUGCGAGAACUCGUAGAGAUUCAAAACUUAGAAAGUGCAAUUACUUCGAAUUCUAAUCUAAAACAAGAGACGCAAUUAUCUACGUUGGUUGGUGUACAGACAUGCACAGUUGUAGAAACUCAUUUGAGGGAUGUAAAACCAUUAGAAUCAUUACAAAUAUUAGAAAAAGAAAGUGUAGACAAAGAAAAAUCUAGUAGAUUAACUUAUCAGGAAGUUUUACCGUGCAUUGAAGAGAAUAACGAGUUACCUCUGAUCACAAGACAGAGAUUGACAUCUUCAUCAGAUCCGUGUCUCAACUACGAAUACUCCAAAUGCGAUAAUCAUAUCUGCCUGGAUACCAAUCCGUCGGAUGACGAGUUGAAGUGCUACGAUGCGAUGAGUACGUCGACUAAAGAAGAUGAAUUCUUUUUGCUGCAGUAUCCGGAAGAUUUUAGUGAAAAGUGUCGGAGUGAACCGAAUGUUGUCGAAAAGCGACAGAUGGCACCUGUUACAUAUCGAUAUAAAAUUGAAGAGUAUUAUAAUGACAUUGAUGAUUGUUUGGAGGCAUAUAGGCAAGCCAAGGAAGAAGAAGAAGAAGCACAAAAGGCGCAACCUGUUGAAACACAAGUAGCAAAUCAAGAAGAAACAAAAAAACAAAAUGAAGAAGAAAUAUUACUUGAAGAUACUUUAAGGUUGCAAGAGGAUGAAUUGCGGAAACAAGACAAAGCACAAGCUGAAAAACGCAUUCAAGAAGAAAUAAAGCGCAAACAAGAAGAAGAAGAUAUUAAAAGACAAAAACUGGAAGCAGAAGCACAAAGAUUAGAAGAAGAAAAAUUACGACAACAAUUGGAAGCACAACGUCUCGCCGAAGAAUUACGAAAACAAGAAGAAGCACUUCGUAAAGAAGAAGAAGCCAAACGCAAACUUGAAGAAGAACUAAUACGAAAACUUCAAAAAGAAGAAGAGGAACGUUUAAGACUUGUAGAAGAAGCUAGACUAAUCAAAGAAGAAGAAGAACGCUUAUUAUUAGAAGAAACUCUACGUUUGGAAGAAGAAACACGCCAAAAACAGGAAGAAGAAGAACGUAGAAAGCAGUGGGAGACUGAAAAAGAAGAACAACGCAUGGAGAAAUUAAAAAAGCUCGGCAUUGAGAAAAUUGAUAGCACCGACAAGCAAACAAUCAACAAUCAAAUGAACGCUUCGUCCAAAUCUAAGUCGGCGCCGGAGAUCCUGGACAACUCGUUCGUGACAAUGACUUACGACCCGGGACCUGCGCCAUUGACGCCAAGGCGGAAAUCCAAUUAUCCCGACGAGAAGGAAUUACGCGAGAAUGUAGUCCCGAUGACAGUGCAGCGCAUCCUGGACAACAACUCGGCGGUAAUGCGAAGCAUCGGAGUCGACAGCAUGUUGGGCAAGCACUGGGGCUCGCCGCGCACCGUCGAAAUCAUCCGCGAGAAGGGCGCCAGCUUGGGAAUUAGCAUCGUGGGCGGCAAGGUCGAUCUGCACAAAGAGUCAUCAGCGUCGGAGACUAUCCUCGGCAUCUUCAUCAAGAACGUCGUGCCUAAUAGCCCCGCCGGACGCGAUGGCCAAUUAAAAACUGGCGAUAGGAUAUUGGAAGUUUGCGGGACGAGUCUAAAGGACGUUAGCCACGAGCGCGCUGUUGAAGUGAUCAAGUACGCCAAAAAUCCAGUCGUCUUUAUUGUACAAUCGUUAAUUACGGAUCAGGAUAUUACGUUGAUUCCUAAGGAACUUUCAACACCAAAACAAAAUAAACCAUUGCCUUCACAAAAAUCCGUAGACUUUAAGGAAAAAGUUGAAAUCAACGAUAUUGAACCACGACAGCGACAAAAAACUGUUGAAUCUUCUGAGGAAAGCGACGAUGAAGAAGACGAACGCAAUCUCACAGGCAGGACUGUCUCCGCUAAAGGACAAGAGAUCGACCGUGCGAGUGCCGCCAACAUCAAACGAAGCAAGGAGGAGGCCGCCGCCGAUCCGGAUGAGGAGGAUGACUUUGGCUACACGAACAAUAAAGUAAAGAAAAAAUAUGCAAACUUGGGCGCGAGCAUCCUGAUGGUGCAGCUGGAGAGAAGCGUCGGGCAGGGCUUGGGCCUGAGCCUCGCCGGGCACAAGGACCGUAACUGCAUGGCAGUCUUCGUCUGCGGUAUCAACCCAGCCGGUGCCGCCUUCCGAGCCGGCGGCAUACAAGUAGGCGAUGAGAUCCUCGAGGUGAACGGUGUCGUCCUGCAUGGUCGCUGCCAUCUCAAUGCGUCUGCCAUUAUCAAAGGCUUAUCAGGACCAAUAUUUAAACUUAUUAUUUUAAGGCGAAAGGCAGCCAUUGAUGACAUCGCAGUGCGACCAAUCACACAGUUUCCAGUCUCACUUUCCGAAGAGGCGAGCGAGGAGGCUUUCGGUAAUUAUCCAAAUGUCAGAACCGUGUCCAUCAAGAAGGGUAACCAGAGUUUAGGGAUUAUGAUAAUUGAGGGAAAACAUGCCGAAGUCGGACAAGGAAUUUUCAUAUCGGACAUACAAGAGGGCAGUUCCGCUGAAAAGGCUGGACUAGAGAUCGGUGAGAUGAUCCUGGCCGUAAAUAAGGACUCAUUGUUGGGUUCUAAUUACGACACCGCUGCCAAUUUGCUGAAACGUACCGAGGGCCUCGUCAACCUCGUGGUGUCUAACCCGGGGAAGAAGAACGCCGAACAAGAUGACAAAUCUGCUGCCAAGGGCUUGAAGGCCGGUUCGGCCACGUCGAGACCCACUACGCCUACCCCAGAACCGCCCGCUGAUCCGUCGACCUGUCCAAUCGCGCCUGGCCGUGACACCACCAUCGAGGUGGCCUCGGAUAACAAGGCGAUCGGCAUAUGCUUCGUCGGCGGCAAGGAUACACCCAUCACGGGUGGUAUUAUGGUUGUGGACGUUUACCCAGGCGGUGCAGCCGAGAAGGACGGGCGGCUGCAACCGGGUGAUCAAAUCCUCGAUGUCAACGGCACAUCGCUGAAGGAUGUCACACACAAUUUCGCAUCGCAAGCACUUCGACAGACACUGCCAAAGAUGAAAAUCAUUGUUCAUCGAUCGGAGAAGGAAGAGUACGAGAACGUUGACGUGGAGUUUGUCAAGAAGCCCGGCAAAGGGUUGGGCCUCAGCAUAGCCGCAAGGAAGUGCGGCAAGGGUGUUUACGUCACCGAGAUCCUAAACGGAGGUUGUGCUGAUAUCGACGGUAAAGUGAUCCGUGGAGAUAUUCUCGUAUCCGUCAACGGCCAAAAACUGCUCGACAGCAGCGGCGAAGAUGUCGGCGCCAUUUUGAAAACGCUAACCGGAAAAGUCAAUCUCAAGCUGCACCGAUACAAGCCGACUGCAACGGCCGGACCUGCCAGCACCACGUCCACCACGAGAUAAUCGCCCUCGAACCCCGUCAACCUGCGACAACUUAUCUAUACCCAAACAUCCACCACGACAUACUAUAAAAAUCGAUUCCCACUCACACCAACAAUGCGAAUCAUAACGCGAACGAAAACGCGCGCGCGUCAAACGAAACAAUCUUAUAAACGGCACGUGAUCAAAAACUUCAUGAACAUUCAUGUGAUUCACAAUCUUUUAUCUUCUAACAUACACAAACAAAAGGAAAAAAAUACGCGUUACGAACUUCAUCAUUAUGAAAAGUGCGCAUGUCGCUAUUCAGCUGGGAAAUCAAGAUGGCGACUCGUGAGGAUGCGAAAUGAGUACGACUUCGACUAACUAGGAAUACGAAACGAUGAUACAAUUUUCAUUAUUGUUAUAUAUUAUAUAUAGAGAGAGCACGAUUUUAAACAUACCGUAAGUUCAACCGCGUCAGUUCGGGUUAAAUGUAAUUUACAGUUUAUAUUAGAAUAAAUAAAACCGUGAACAAGGGGAGCGUCAGGCAUACCGAGUGAUCGUGGAGCGCGUGGUUUUAAUUCAAUCUCUUCUUGCUAAUAGAGAAAUCGAUUUUUAUGCGCGAAUAUCGAGAGUCAGGACAAAGAAUCGUCGGCAGAUUUAAUUGGGAUCGUUUUACGUUUAGUAUUUCGUUCGUUAUCGACGGACCUCGACCGCGAGGGCGAAGGCGUUUCGUUCUUCAUUGCGCAUUACACGUAAUUUACUAACUUAUUUACUUAAUUAGAGUUUAAACUUAGUAUACCUGCUUAUAUUGUGAUAUAAAAGAAAUGAACACUAAAAACAACACAACAAACAUCAACCAAUGAAAUGAAUCUAUAUAAAAACUGCUAAUUAGCCACACGAUGAUGAGAGGAAUCAUUACAUUAUUAUCAUUACUGAAUUGAAUAUACAUAAAUUAAAUAAUUAUUAAUUAGCGAAA